AUCAAAAGGAGGCCCAAGCAUGAGAGGUUUCUUGCAGGAAGGGGACCUCAUCAGUGCUGAGGUGCAGGCAGUGUUUUCUGACGGAGCUGUUUCCCUGCAAAUGAGGAGCCUGAAAUACGGAAAGCUAGGUCAGGGUGUUUUGGUCCAGGUUUCCCCCUCCCUGGUGAAGCGGCAGAAGACUCACUUCCAUGACUUGUCUUGUGGUGCCUCAGUGAUUCUGGGUAACAAUGGCUUCAUCUGGAUCCGCCCUACACCUGAGCACAAAGAAGAGGAUGCAGGGGGCUUCGUUGCAAACCUGGAGCCUAUCUCCCUUACCGAUCGAGAGGUGAUCUCCCGGCUUCGGAACUGUAUCAUCUCGCUGGUAACUCAGAGGAUGAUGCUGUAUGAUACCAGCAUCCUGUAUUGCUAUGAGGCAUCCCUUCCACAUCAGAUUAAAGACAUCUUAAAGCCAGAAAUAAUGGAAGAAAUUGUGAUGGAAACGCGUCAGAGACUUUUAGAACAGGAGGGCUAGGCAGAAGUGUCUGAAGGACAGGACUGUGCCUGACAGAGCAGCUCUUGAAAGUGAAGAAUCUGAGUUGUAGUUCCGUGUGUGGCUCCGAAACUCAUCAUGGACCUACAUUGGGCUGCCUCCAGACACAGACCUGCUUUCUUCUGUUCAAAGGCGAAACCUGGGAGAGGUGAACUGCGCUGCUGGCCCCUUGGGCUGCCUGCACAUCCCAGCACUUGGCGGGUUUUGUGUCUUUAAAAGUACGCAGUGUUCCAAGUGAACUCCCAUCUGGAAUAAUACGAAGAAUCUUUCCUUUUCUACUUAACCAUCACUUCACAAAGUACAACGCCUCAAGAAGUUGCCUUUACAGCUUGGCUGUACGGCUCAGUGGUUGAGCAUCGACCCAUGAAACAAGAGGUCCCUGGUUUGAUUCCUGGUCAGGGCACAUGUCCAGGUUGCAGAUUGAUCCUCAGUAGAGGGCAUACAGGAGGCAGCCGAUCGAUGUCUCCCUCCCUCAUCAAUGUUUCUGUCUCUCCCUCUCUCU